GAAGUGAAGACCUGCUGUUCUCCUGGAUACUCACAGUUAGGCCGACAUAAUAUCAUAUCUAUGAUAUUACAUUACAAUACAUUACAGAAACUAGCGUCCUGAAGCAAAUGAAACUGGGUGUGGCACUGGCUGUCAUCCGGUCUAAGCCUCCUUCAAGGACUGCGAAAGAACACACAGAGCAUCUGUCAUCCUUGUUCAUGACUUCACAACACAAGUACCAGGAGAGGUGGGAGAGGUCCCAGGAGGAAGUUUUGAAUUUAAAACAACAAUUGCUGAUGUCACACUCUGGGUGGCAGACUUCACAAAUUACAGGGGACGAGAACAUGUUCGACAGCCAGCCCUUGUUCCCAACCCCUCCUUCCUCAUCAGAGGCCAGUGACAGAGAUCCCUCAGUGGUAGUCCUGAGAGAAACUCUCCAUACAGACAUUGCAUUUCUGCAGAGCAUCAUCAAUCUUGACAGAUCAGGUGGUGGAAAGGUGAAGGUAAACCAUGACCUUCACAACUCGGACUUGCCUGUCUCCUGGAGCGAGGUUACCUGGGCUACUGUGGAGCACAGCCUGAAGUGUGUGGGGGAGAUGCUAUCUGACCCCACCCGACCUCUCACCACAUCUUUCCUUCGACAAGCAAUGAGGAGUGUGGUCAGUGUCCUGGAACAGGACUUGGCUGAUGGGAAAAUUGGGACAUUGCAACACUGUCGUGGGACACUCCUUGGUGUGCUUUCUAGCAUAAUCCAGAGGAUUUUAACUGCUGAUACAUUUCAACAUAGUGGUGAAACUACCAGACUGCUUCAGCUCCUGCCCUGCUUCUCCCAGAUUAAGUCCCUGACUCUGCUACAAGAGGUUCUGUGUAUGUUCUGUCACCACAUUGAGAAAACUGCAGAUCAUCUGAGACAGGCCCACGGUGCUAAAGUAGACUUCUGCCCUAUUUUGGCUGAAAACAUGUAUUAUAUCAUCGUUGCCAUGGAGACGUGUGUACACAACACAGUGUUACUGACAACUAGGGCUGGACACACUGUGUGUGGCCAGGUACAGGAGCGCCUGGAGGGAUGUCUGGUGCAUCUGACCAGGCCAUACCCUCUCUUGGCCCAGGCUGUGUGGAGACUAACCAACUUGCUGGAGCUGUGUGUCACCAAGAAUGCAUAGGGAUAUAUAUAUGUAUGUAGAUUACUGGGUUGUUGGCUGUAUCUGUGUAGAAGCACUUCUCAAACGUGGAUGAUAGAGUCCAACGAGCACAGCUAAAUGAUUAAAAGGAGUGGGCGAACAAUGUAACAGACUGGAUAGUCAAAGCCUUAAAGGUGGAUACACAGUACACCCCAAGGUCCAAGGGUAUUUGACUGUCAAAACGUGGGAACGUGGAUACACGGUCCAACCAAAGGGCUCCGGUACUGGACAGUCAAAGCAUGAGAAAGUACCAGACAACCAUAAUAAUAUACCUCCUUACCAGAAGUACAUGUCCAUCAACAACCCUCUAACAUUUCUCACUAACAGUAUCUGGCUGCACCAUGCACCUUAAACAGAACCAAUGUUUGUACCUUAGGACGUUUGUUUCCUCUGCCUAGUGGUCACACCCAUGAUCAAAAUGAAAACAUUUACAUUAUCACGUAAAUGCGCUCACAAUACUGAUGUUUAUCCAGCCGAUAUCCCAUAAAUAUAUCAAAAUAGCAACGCCUCCUCAAACUGAACUCACGGUUGCAACAGCUGAACUUCAGACCUUUGUGAUUUUUCACAUACAUGUAAUAAUUUUACGCAAGAUUGGUAGAAAACAUACUUGUGGAUAUUCGAAUUUUUUGCAACAGGCUGCCUCAGCUAUCAUGUUAACUAUACACAUAAUGCAUUAAAACCCAACUGAAGAGCCGAAAACACCCUACACCGGCUGCAUGAUUGAUUGUCGGGGAGUAUCACUUACCAAAACCAAUAUGUAGGGUUAGUUGACAUAUUGUGUUUGAAACAAGCCCACAUGGUUUGCAAUUCUUUGAAUAUUGUGCUAUGAGUAUAAGCCGUCGGAAGUGUUUUCUCAUCGUUUUAUUAUGUUUCUCCUCAACAUUGAUAUAUUUACGGUCAAGUUUUAUUAGUAGCGCUAACGAUUACCGACCUGGAUUAGCUAAACGUAGAUUUGGUCAGUUCAAAAGGACCGACAACAGUUUGUGUGAACAUAAUGAAAACCACGAAAGAGAUGGCGCCAGCCCAACAAACUCCACACAAGGAAAGGAUGCUGUUGAUAACAAUCACAAUUCUUUGGACUGUGGUACAGGCGUCAGAUUUUCCGAUCUUCCCCUUUCUCUAACAGCACUGGCAAGUUUUCCUGGGACAGGCAAUACCUGGCUGAGGCACCUCAUAGAGAAA